AUGGAUUUGGCUCGAGGAGUUCGAGCUAAGAGCAAGAUGAAUCCGAAAGGUUUGAAUGGUGGUGAAGAUAUUGGUCAUUAUGAUAGCUUUGUGAUUAUCAAUUUGCCUGAUUCGGUUGUUUUGCGGGUUGUGUCAAGGUCAUUGUUGUUGGCCAUUUUCAUUCUCACAUUGCCUUUGAUUGGUUAUAUUUCGGGGAGGUUGUCCAGUGAGAAUGUGUUUGAUAUCACGGGUUUUGAAUCUUUUCCUGAGAUCUUUCAAGAUUUGGCUAAUGAGGGCCUUGUUAAGAUGGGACAGAAGGGUUUGAUUUUGAGUUCUGGCGUUGGUCGUCCUGUGGAGAAUUUGCAGUUCUUGUAUAAUAAUGACAUUGAGUUGGUUGUCGAAUCUGAUUUGGAUGGCAAGAGCUCGUUCCCGGAUGAGUCUUUUGACAUUGUUUUCUCGUUGAGCUUGAAGGACUCUAAAAAGUUGGUUGAUAGGAUUCUGAGGGUUGAUGGCAUUGUUGUAAUGGGAUUGGACAAUGGUUCUGCACAUGAAUUUCAACGCGACUCAAAUUACAAAGUAAUGUAUCUUCGGAGAUUUGAUGUCACUGUGCUGGCAAUGAGAAAGACUGAUCAUAUGAAUCAGGCACAAUAUUUUGGAGUAACGCGCAAGCUUUUUGAGUGGAUGCCUGAGUCUAAGAAAGAUGCAUUGAGCGGUCUAGAAAAUGUGUGGCUCGAGCCCCCACGAAAAGAAUUGGCAAAAUCUAACAAGCUGAGGAAAUUCAGAUAUCUUCCUGAUUUAACAGGGGACUCACUUGAAAAUUACCCCCGCAGAAUAUUCAUCACUGAUGAAAGCACUAGAUCUGUUGAAUGGUUCGAGAAGAAUUAUCCGACAAAGAAUCAGGAUUUCCAGAUCUACAAUUUGGACACUAACAUGAACAAUGAGGAGACCAAAAGAAAAGGAGUGAAAAAUGAAGCUCCUUCUACUACUGAGGCAUCAGACUGGAUGGUAAAUAAUGUGAAGGACGAAGACUACGUGGUGAUGAAAGCAGAGGCAGAAAUUGUCGAGAAGAUGAUGAUUAAGAAGACAAUAAGUCUGGUCGACGAACUCUUUCUCGAGUGUAAGAACCAAUGGCAAGAUGGUAGUAAAAGCAAGAGAGCUUAUUGGCAGUGCUUGACCCUGUACGGACAAUUAAGAGACAAGGGUAUCGCAGUUCAUCAAUGGCUGAAUUAA